AUGUCGAUGGAUACAAUGGAGAUCGACUCGAUAACGUCGCCGGAGAAGAAGCGCAAGGACAAGAGCGAGUCAAAGAAACGCAAGAGACAAGAGCAGACGGGAGAGACCGUCGCUGUAGACGACAGCGAGAAGAAGAAAAAGAAGAAAAAGGACAAACACUCAAAAAAGGAUGAGAAGCGACCCGUAGAAGACGGCGGAAGAGAAAGAGACAAAGAAACCUCCCGAAAACCGCUGUCAAAGUCGACCUCGAAUGAUAAAGAUACCCAUUCCCUCUCCUCAGCCGCAGACCAGCUCCCUUCUUUCCACAGGGUGACAACAACGCUCUACCUCCCCCUCUCGCCCAUCGCCAUAUCACCCACCCAUGCCGUGUCUUCUUUGCUGGCAGAGCACGUCUCCCCUCUACUUCUAACCUACUAUCCUCCCGUCCGUGGCGUGGUGCUCGCUUACUCCAACCCUUCCAUCUCAGCCACAAAGCCUACCCCGACUUCAACCUCGACGUACACACCCAACCCGGAACCGCUCACCCUUGCCAAAACGGCCGGCGAGUAUGGUGUCCUACACACCUAUCUAACUCUCACCUUCCUUGUCUUCCGCCCCGAGCGAGGCCAGACGCUCGAGGGCUGGAUUAACGUCCAAUCCGAAGACUUCCUAGGCGCAAUCGUAUUCAACUUAUUCUCCAUUGGCAUUGAACGGCGUCGAUUGCCGGCAGAUUGGAAGUGGAUUGCUCCAGGCCAACAGCCGGAUAAGCCUAGCACAACCAGCACAUCACCUACAUCAAGCAGCAAGGACGAAGAGGAUGAAGACGACGAUGAACCGGAUUCAGAUAAAGAGAACUUCAAGCCUCUAGCGUCGAAUAGUGAGGCAUCGCAGUUUGAAGACGCGGCGUCGGCUGAGACAGGGUAUUUCCAGACUCGCUCGGGUAAGAGGGUUCGUGGAACUAUCCGGUUCCGUGUUCGGGAUGUCGAUGUUAUACCGGGUAGCGAGCGAGAUAAGGGCUUCCUUAGCCUUGAAGGUACAAUGUUGAGUAGGGAGGAUGAGGAGAAGCUUGUUGCUGAAGAGCGGAGUAAGGCAUCAGGUGCAGGGAGGGCAAAGGCCGGUGACAACUACCAUGAUCCUACAUCUAGAGAGCGCCAGGAAAGGGAACUUGUGGAUGUUGAUAUUGAUGCCGAUGAGGACGAGGAUGUGAAUAUGGCAGAGGCUGUGGAGGUGCAACCUUCGACAACUAAAGAGAAGAAAAAGGACAAGAAGGAGAAGAAGGAGAAGAAGAGUAAAAAGGAGAAGAGCUCCAAGUCAUGA